AUGGGGGGACCUAAUAAAAGCUUGUUAAAAAUCGACAAUGUUACAACUCUCCUCUGUCACAACUCACCUCGGUCUCACCUAAACCUUAUACCCUUUUAUUUCAGGUUCUGCACUGGCUUAAGUUUUUAUGUAUUAGCCCAAUACCUUGGCUGGAUUGGAGAUAAUAUUUUCUUAUCUGUAAUGCUAACCGGGUUAAUUUCUUCUAUCGGCCCGAUCAUCUGUGUUUUCGUAAUUAUGAAGAUGGGCCGAAAGCUAACAUUGGCGAUUUUUGAAUUGUUAACGGCUCUCUGCUUUGUAUUCAUAAUUUUGAUACCACGAGAUGUGUUUCCGAAUGACUGGCCAAGACUUAUUUUUGCUGGAAUUGGAUUUGGAGGCUUGGCAGGAACGGUUCCGGUUCUGUAUCUCUUUUCUGGUGAACUGUAUCCAACAUUAGGGCGAAACGUAGGAGUAAGUGGCGUUUCAACCUUCGCCCGGAUAGGCUCUAUGGUGGCACCAAUGGUGGUCAGCCUUAACGAAUUGCUUCCAGAUUUACCGUUGUAUUUAAUGGCUAUCGGAUUAUUUUCCCAAAUACUGGUGAUAAUGCCGUUGCCUGAAACCAAGGACCGUCCGUUGCCUGACACAUUGGAACAGGCUGAACAGCUUGGUCAGACGCAACAUCAUGAUCAUGACAUUUCGACAAGUGUGCCGCCGAAACAAACGAACAGUUGCGAUUGCCAAAAAUAUUUAUUUCCCUGA